UUGGUUCUUGUUUAUAAGAUCCAAACUGCCAAACAUUUUAUCUCCAUUUUUUCUUUCUUUCUUUCUUUCUUCAUUUCUGUUUGAUUAUAUCAAAAGCUACUAUUGAUCUCAAUUUUAUUUGCUAGUAGGAUAUGUCAAAUUCUACCAGUAAAUUUUCCUUGCCAACGAAGAGUGGUUCCAGUUCCAACCGGUUCAAGUUUUUUAUUCCUAGGAACAACAAAAAUAAGCAGCAACAAAAUCCAGAACCAGUUAAUCAGGAUGCUUCGCAAGUCGAAUCAUAUGAAUCCGUUUCGCCAGUUUCUGCUAGCGUGAAAAAUUCGAAUAAUCUCGUAUCCUCAUUCACUCAAAAAUUGCAAGUCGACUCAUAUCCGUAUGAGUCGAACUCGCCAAUUCCUGCUAGCGUGAAAAAUUUGAAUAAUCUCUUAUCCUCAUUGACUCCAUUGACUGUGGGCAAAGGAAGCAAAACUUCUGAAAAUGCGGAGAAACCCUACUUUGUUCUUGAAGACUUGUGGGAGUGUUUCAAGGAAUGGAGUGCAUAUGGAGUGAAUGUUCCUCUCACACUCAGCGACCAUGAACAUGUCAUACAAUACUUUGCUCCUUAUAUCUCUGCAAUUCAACUCUAUGUUGAAGAUCAAGAAUUGGACAAGAAGGCCAGUGAGGAAAGUGGUACUUCUGUGCCACCAAACAAGGCACCUCAUAAGCUUGUCUAUGAAUACUUUGAGCAUGAUUUGCCAUAUGUACGCCUUCCCCUUAGUGAUCAGGCAAGUCCUUUUCUUUUUCAAAUAUAUCUCUUCACAUUACAUCUCUUUCUCCGGUUUGAACCCUAAUAGUUUCAUUUUCCUCUCAGGUUUCAAUUCUUGCCCAAGACGAUCCUUGUAUAAAUAAUUUGAAGAGCUCUGAAUUAUCACCAUGUAGCUGGUUUUCCGUGGCUUGGUAUCCGAUUUACCGUAUCCCUCUAGGACCAACGAUGAAAAGCCUCGAUGCGUCCUUUCUUACUUACCAUAAGCUGUCAACUGAUUUCAAAAUCAAAACUCAUCCGGAGAUGCGUGACGGAAGGUUGAAAAUCUCUCUUCCAAGCUUUGGCCUAACUACUUAUAAGGUCAAAGGGUCGAUUUUGCCUUUUCCUGCAGCGUCUGAAUCGCGCCUAUUGAACUCGUUUUUGAAGGCUGCUGAUGAUUGGUUGAAGAAUUUGGAGGUCAGCCAUUAUGAUCAUAACCAUUUUGUUAAGAAUGGUAAGCAGUGGGUUGAUUAGAAGAAGGUUUCUUGAGAUGAGUGAAAGUUAGUUCAUGUUGAAGUUAGAAAAGACUUGUUCUUAUUAGGAAUCUCUAUAGUAGGAAGUUGAAAACUCAAUGGUCUCAAUUUUUACUUUGU